AUGUCGGCGCUUCUGCUCGCGCUGUGCGCUUUGGCGUCGCUCUUAGGCGUCGCUCGGGGCGGUGGUUCGCCGUCGCCGUCCCCCGUGCACUGUUCGGCGAGGUGGAUCGACGUCAACAAAGGGGGCUGCCCAAGCUGCGGACCAGGCACGUAUAGUAAGCGAUACCAAAUCGAUCGCGAUCCCGCGUACGAUGGACGACGGUGUCCUCAUGUCAACGGGCAUGUGUCUUAUGGACAUGAUUGCGAGGCACCGCCAUGUCCGCCGCCGCCGCCAUCGCCGCCGCCGCCGUCGCCACCGCCGCCGCCGCCGGGACAGUUUGUUCCCGUGCAGGUAUCCAUCAACGAUCCCGUGCCGAGAGUGUCAGAUGCGUACGACUUUCACAUUCUCACCUCACAUCCUUCGUGCGAUUCACAAAACGAUUGUUUUGAGAGUCACAUCGAGACGGACGUGAGCGAGCAUCACGUCGGACUCAGGUGCGACGUCACCGUGCAAAAGAAGGACCAAGUUUGUGCGACAUUCGGUCGUCACAUGCCUUGCAGGCUGUGGAAUGACUUUUAUCCAACAACUUUAACCCUCACGGAUGAGCAUGGUGACAUCGUCGAAGGCGAUUACGUCAUUGAGUAUGAAUGCUACUUUGAACUCGCAAACGGCGAGCUCGUACCUGAGCCGACCAAGGUGAAGAAGACGCUGCACGAGUUCAGCGUAUCCAAAGGGUGCGAUUUGAAAAUGAAUUUGAAUCGAGAUUCCAAAGCAGAGCUCGCGGCGUAUCUCCUCAGUGGCGCCGAUGAAUUCAAUAUCGCUGACUGCUCGAGUUUGAAGAGUAUUUACGCCGCGAAGGAGGCCGUGUUCCGUAUUUUCGAUUCAAACCCGACAGAUGGCCGACUCGAUCACGAAGAAAUCCUCAUCGGUGUUGAGGCACACAGCAUGGAUACACAGAUAGUGAAUCAUUGGAAGGACAUCGUCGACGCUGAGGGUGGCGAUGGACUGUUCCUCACACUUUCGAACUUCAUGUCGGCAGACAUCGCGCCUCGCGGUUGUCAAUCCGGCGCCGGUGACGUCGUGACGUUCACGGAGGCGACGUAUCCAACGAGUGAUCCUGGACGUGAAACGGGAUCCAGGCAAUGCGGAGAGAUGGCGGGAUCUAUGAAGACCACGUGGUCGUUUCCUCGAUCAAUGCAACUCGGCGAUUGGUCGUGCGUAUACAUCGACGGGCUUUUGUACAGUCAAUUGCUCGCCCAAACGAGCCGAAACGCCGUAUCGAUGCAGAACAGCGUGACAGAUAUUCGCCCUGUCAUUGGCUCUUUUCAUGAUGCAGAGCAAUCUCUCGCUGCGCAUUUCACGUUCGCAGGCGUGUCAAACGCAAGGCUGAUUUCUUCAGAAUCGCCGCGGGCGGAUGGCCAAGAAGUGGUUCCAACCCUCUCCAUCGAUGAUACGUAUACAGGUAGUCUGCGAGUCUUCACGGCUUCUCAACACGGUAAACACGGGGCGUGCCUGAACAGCUGCCAAGGUUGUACCUUCCAUUCGUACAAGUACAUUGGGGAACCGUUCAAGAAUGAUUUUGCCGUGUCGAUGCAAAUAUUCAUUCCUACACAGCUUUCGAGCAAUUCUGGCUUUCGGAAGAAGUCGGAACCUCUCAUGAGCUUCACUUCAGAUGCAUCUGGUAGUAUGCAGCACAGCAUCAAGUUACGAUUGGGCACGGCACUCUCGAAGUUUUCACUUCAAUUUAUACAUGAAAAAGUAAACAGCGUGACGGGUCAUCGAGAUGAGCUAUCAGAGCCCAUUCCUCUGGGUGCGUUUGGACGCUGGACGUCAAUUGGAUUUUCUUUCCACCCAAAAGAUGGUCUCACGUUGUACAGGUUCAGCGUUGAGGGAGGUAGGGUAACACAUGAAAUCAAGGUGCCGAGCAAUAACGAUGAGUGGAAAUCGAGACUGCGAGACACGUUGCAUUUGAUGCACCGUCGUGAAUUUUUCAAAGAGAACCGAAUAGAAUACGACGAUCUUCGCGUGUACACUGGCCGAGUAAAGAACAACACAUUCAUAGACGCGUAUAAGUGCGACGCGUUGGGUGCUCAGUGUGCACCUCGAGCACACGCAACGCCAAACUCACGUCGCGUCGUAUGUGUCAUGCUGGAUGUCCACGACAGUAGUGGAGGAGACGCCCGUGCGCCGUAUUCCUGCACCGGUGCCCUGUACUACGACGGCGGCGCCAUUGAAGUGCGCGCGAAAAUGGAUCUCACUGGAGUCGCAUUCGAAUUCCGCGACACGGCUUGGCACGAAUCAUCUUUUGAAAUCUUGCGACGCACGCACGAUCCAAGUGGCGAUAACGCGUUUGAUACAGUCGUACUCGUUGACGGUGGUUUGAACGGCUGUGCGUCGAUGUUUUCGUCGAUUACGUAUCUCGACCGAGAGGCUGGUCAGCAGCCCAACUCUCGCUGGCAGUACAAGAUCAAAACAAAGACGGACGAUGUCGAUGUAAGCUUUUUGUCGCUCACUACUCAUUUUAAAACGCCUUGGAUUGGUCAAAUUGUGGGCGAAGUGAUGGCCGGUAAGUCGGUUGUUCCUGUUGGCGAAGUCCGCAUUUGCGCAGACUUCGUGAAGCCCAACGGUACUUUUCUGAUGUAUCGCAGUCACAAUCACUCUAAUCUGGCUUUGCACAUGCCCGUCGUUCACACAUCUAAUCUCACUAUCUCAGCAGAACAACAGGCGCAUCGAGCUACGGACGGCUUACACUUGAAGCCUGACUCGAUUCGUGUCGCAAGAGGACAGUAUUUGCGCGUCAACCUCGACUAUUGGAGCGCAAUACAAGAGGUCGAAGUGUGCACCGCAACCGGAGAGAACAAUUUCAGAACUUUCGUGCGGGAGUUCGAUCCGGGAUACUCUGUGAAUCACGGUCACGAGUGCAAAUUACGAGAAACUAACGCAACCCAAACUUUCAGCGCAUCGCGCGUGACUUGCUUCUUCUUCACCUGUCGGGGCUCAAAGCUUACGACAUUGCAUGGUCAGUUCGUAACCGCAGCCGUCGAAGAAGGCGACGACGUGAGAAUGACGCAAAUUCGUGUUGUUGGUCAGCGUGGCAGAUGCACGUUCACGGCGAUAAGUGAUGACGAUGGGCGCUAUGCAAUCGAUGUACUCGAUCGCUCCGGGAACGUCCCCGUCAAGGCGAAUAUGCUCAUCGGCGCGUAUAAGGAAGAAGUUUUUGGUGAAGAAUUCGAAGUUCCCCUCCUGGAUACGAGCGAUUCAGAUGGCGAUGAUGAUUCGCUAAACGUUCCGACGCGAGUGUUACUCGUACUUCGUCGAAAGAACAGUUCGCUUGCGGCGCGUCUCGGGCAUGAAGUCCCGGAUUACAGCAGCUCCUACUACGACGGCGAAACGCAUCAGUAUCUGGAUCAACAUGGAUAUAGUCCACCGUAUGGCAGCUCCUACUACGACGGCGAAACGCAUCAGUAUCCGGAUCAACAUGGAUACAGUCCACCGUUCGGCAACACGCCAUAUGUGCACACUAUUUACGAUAACGCCUACGAUUCAGGCGUUCCUGCCGCCAAAGUAGAGUUCCAAAGUUUGACGAAUUUACGUCUGGAAAACACAACUCUUAUGAAGAAAGAUGGAGUUGCUGAUGGUUGGAAUGCAGGGGGGUCCUCGAAUCAGUCAAUGUUUAAUGUCACGGGUCGUUUUACUGGAAUGGACGCGGUUGAGGGUAUCAGGGUCGAAUGCUCCUGCGAUGAUGGCGAAUAUGUCGUUGGUUUGAGCUACGCAGAGCACAUAGCUAACUUUUCCAAAGCAGCGACCGAAUUUGCCAUUCACUGUCGUGGUAAAGGCUAUGAGCCAGCCAUCAUUUCAGGUGGUCGCUCUUACGCAAAUUCAAAUAACUAUCGGAUGGCCAUGGAGACGAGACCAUCGCAUCACAUGACGGAUCUAUACGAUGUGUACCAGUCAACUGACAUCACAUCUUCGCCACCCAUCUCCACGGCGAAUGAUUUCUCAUAUGCAGCAGCGCAGAGGCGACUACUGGCUCCAACGAGUUCGUACCCUGCAAGAAGCCCGACGUCAAACGAGUAUCCAACGACGAGCCCGACGCCAAGCAGUCAAUUAUUGAACUCUUAUCCUCAGUCGUAUGAUGCGCAAACGAAUGAGUAUCCUCAGUCGUAUGAUGCGACGACGUCUACUUAUUUUCCACCCUACCACAUCGAUGACUAUCUCGAUCGAGGCUAUCGUUCAAACAUGUGUAUGAAGAAGACAUUCACCAUUAAACUUACACGCAGUGGGCGUGUUUUGUUUUAUGAAACGCAAGGCCAUUGGCUGUACGAUCAUCCGGUGCAGCAUGAAAAUUUUCACCAUACUCAGACGUGGCAAACUGGUGGACAGUCGCCGCCGUACGGCUACACGGAGCAAACGCCACCGUACGGCUACGCGGAGCAAACGCCGCCGUACUCUGCGCGCGACAAGUCUUCCCUGGGCGCACAUGCCGACGUUUCGCACACGGGCCAAGCUUUGCAUGAGUACCAUGAACCUGCUCAACUCAUAGUACCGGUCGCGUACGCAGAAAGAGCACACAGCCCCUUGUUUGUGCGAAUGGUGGUAAUUUCACAAAAUGUGACGCUGAGCGACGCCGACAUACGUUGGACAGUGCCGACUCCCUCACCGCCGCCAUCACCGCCACCAUCACCACCGCCACCGUCACCACCGCCAUCACCACCACCACCGCCGCCGCCGCCGUCCCCGCCGCCGCCGCCGCCUUCACCGCCGCCGCCGCCGCCGUCGCCACCGCCGUCGCCGCCGUCGCCGCCGCCGCCGCCCCCUGCGAAAGCUAUCAGAGGUAACAGCGUCGAUUGGACGGUGAAGAAGAACGUCGAUAGUACCUCAUCGGGGGGAGUUUUCUUGGUCGGAUGGAAUUCGAAGGGUGCUGCAGUGAGCGCGCGGGCGAUCCAUUCGUCCUCAAAUGUCACUCGAGGGAUAUCUGCAACUUUGGAACGUGGGCCUUAUUCAAUGGGUCACACUUGCGUAGGUCUGACGAGCUCUGCGGAUCGCGAGACGGUUGAUAGUUCUAACAUCGAUUUCGCCAUGUGUUGCGAAUGGGGUUAUCUUGGUGUUUUUGAAAAGGGAUCGCGCAAAUGGCGUGCUAGUGGAAACUUGCAGGAUAGUUGUUCACAAACGGACACGCUACAAAUCGUCGUGAACGAUGGGGAUGGCGCGAUCGAGUACUUCAAGAAUCGGCGUCGCGUGUAUACCAGUCAACGGACACCUCAGUAUCCGCUUCACGCAGACGCUGAAGUCUAUUUCGGAAGACUGGGUGAAGUUGUUUGGAUUGAACGAAUUCCAUCACCGCCUCCUUCUCCUCCUCCACCGCCUUCACCGCCGCCGCCACCAUCACCGCCCCCGCCGCCCCCGCCUUCACCGCCGCCAUUGCAUCAGUUUACAUCCGCGGAUGUAGAUCCACGCAUCAACACGGCCGCGGCUAUUCCGCACAUCACACGCGAGGAGUUCGAGGAUUUCAUCGAAAAUAUAACAGGCUUCCCUAAUUUGGGACACGCCAUCGUGAUGGAUGAAAUCUGGCAGUAUAUCGACGACGACGGGGACGGUGUUUUGAGUGAGAUUGAGUUCCAGCACGCGUCUUACAAAAUGCACACUCACGAGCUGUACGUUGAUCCCAUCAUCGUCUACCCCAGCCGCUCGAUAAAACAUCGCUACGGCUUCAAGGUUUCCAAAUCAGUCAGGAGUGAUUCUAGUGCCUGCGUGGGUGACGCCGUAUCUUACGACGGUCCCUCUGCGUCGCUUGGUUCGUGCGAAUUGACUUCGGAGAAGGAGCCUGUAGAGAUUACAUUAUGGGGAAAUGGUUUUGCUGGCACACCGUCGACGACCACUAUUUACAGCUUGGGAGCUUCCAAGAAUGGAGACACUACGUACAUCGCGAGCGCGCGCGUUUCUGUCGGCACCUGGUUCACGUACAACGUGUGUGCGGUGAUAAAGUUUCGCGUGAUAAAGAAAGAUGGUCAGUGCUCGAUCGUCGUUGACCAAGUUCAUAAGAUGUGGCCAAGCCUGGUGUCUUCGAAAUGUGGCAUCACGCCACCCAUCUAUGACAGAUGGAGCCGCUACAUGGUUGCAUCCGUUGCGACGUCGGCGACGAACGGCUUUGCUGGCAUGAAAUCUUCUAUGUUCAAGAGCUGCGCUGCGAGUUGUGAGAAUGCGAUUCUACUUCGACACAAUAAAACUGUGCCGUACAAUACAUCUGAGUGGCGAAAUUAUUACGAGUCUCUAGUAAAACGAGACAUGGAGCCGACUACUCACGUCGACUGCUCUCACCGAGAAGACAUGGUUGUGCUCGGCAGAGAAGAGGACACGCUCGCCAUGCCCAUGGUGCUCUCAUCCAUGGCUAGGAAGCAAUGGCUUCUUGACCUCGAUUCGGCGCGGCGAAAGCAGAGUACCAGUGAGAAUGUCACCAAAUUGCUCGGCACCAUGCACUCCAAUUUUGCCAUCAGUUCAGAUUUAUGGCUGCCGGAUAUUGUACACGUGUUUGACAAAAUUCCAAAGCCUGAAAAUGCUUCUUCGGGUCCAUCCAAGGAGGAUGAAAUUCACGUGGUGGAUAACGAUCUCGGGAAUUCUUUCUCAAACUUUGCGCGUAUAGAAGUAAACCGACUCCAACUUGAACACAAGCGCAUUGGAGAAAAAACAUUUACAGAUGACACCGCCGCUGUGGUCAAAGGCGCUAUUCUUUUCCCACAGCAUCUCACGGGCGGCAGUCCAAACUGUGGAUUGUUUGAAGCCAUGAUUCGUGUUUACGACGUGGAAGAAGACGGCGAGCCAGAUGUAUACUUGACUGAAGAAGAUGGCUCGUUCGAGAUGGCUUUAACGCGUGGAAAGACCUUCAGAAUUGAAGCCUUUUAUGAAGGACACACCAUUUGCUACGCCGGAAGUCAGCCUCAAGACGCGACGUCACCCAAUGGCUAUGAUUUCGAAGGAGGACAGCAGGCGUGUGUCAAGACGACCCACACGCUCGCUCGUGUCGGCGAUGGCAACUUUUUAUACUUUACAGAUAUUACGCGCGGAAAUAUUGACCUUGGUUUGUAUGCGGGAGAAUGCGAAGAAAGGUACACGGGCGAAGAUGUCAAGUUUAGGGUAACGCCCGUCAACGGCUGUCAUAAACCCGUCAUCGUUUCCGAAACCGACAUCAACGAGCGAUGGCAUACGAUUGAGGAUAUCCUACCGGAAGGCCAGCAGGUUGGCGACAACGCCCGCGUGUGGAAAUUCGCGGCGAUGGAUUACUCCAUCACGCUAGCGAGUGGUUCCGACAUCAGUAGAGUUACCGAAAAAGCGUGUCCAGACGAGGCAUGCCCAGAUUACUGGGAUGGAUGUCAAGUCGAGCCAGACGACAUGCGUCAAUUUUUCCGCAAUCGAAACUCACUCGAAAGACUUGCGCUGAUGAGAGAUGAAUUUGCGUGGAAUUCCAUCAGGUACAAGUAUCACGGAUAUAUCUGCGCACAAAUAAUGGACAUUCCUCGAAUCACUGAUAACGAGCUCAGACUCGAGACUUGCGUAGGCAACUUAACUUCCGGAAUGUUGACAGAGAAGCAUUUACUGGGUUCGUCUGAUCACGACACAAUCAGCGUCGCCGCUGACAAAUCGUUGAGGGUGAAGGUGUUUGAACUUCACGAUCUCACACCGAAUGCCGCAGAUGCCCCAUUUAAAUGCACAAAGUUUCCAAAUACGCAAAGUCGCACGGGAAACACGAAAUUUUCCGUUCGACAGACUGUCACAAAUGAAGAAGAUAACGUGUGUCAUCCAAAUCGCGGGGGUGGGCCCCUGUGCGAUUUUGAAGUUAAUAUAUCAACGGCUGACGUCGGCAAACUCAUCUUUCCGACGGAAGAAGAUACGGAUCAGGAAACUACCCAAAUGGUCAUUGCCGCGGGGUAUCCAAACCUUGCAAACCCGUAUCGACGAGAAGUCACGAUCACUGUGACACGCGACGAUACACCCUUGGACGGUGGUCUUGGGCGAUCGCUGCAAGCAACGAUGACGCGAGUACUUAUCCCAUUGGGCUCCAAGCCACGAGGAGGAUUUGACACGGGAGAUGACACCUUGUGGGCGACAGUGCCUAUUGAUGGAUUGGUAUACACAGUGGUGCACGAUCCGCCAGGUGGUAAUUCUGUAGCCGAGCUGCAAUCUGGAUCUGAGAUUACGAUUCAGUGGGAAAUCGCUUCAGCUCGCUCUGUGAAAGUUGGCAGAUCGAUCGAGCUCAACCUCGGUUUCGCAGGUAAAACUACGUUUGAUCUAGGCUUUAACGCCGGUUACACCGCAGAGGCUGCUACAAAAUCGAGCGUUCUCACGUUGGAGACGGAGAAAGAUUUCGGACACAAAGAAUCUGGUCCACACUUCACCGCGAAGGCGACGUCCGAAGAAGUGUGGGAGACGACGGUUACGAUGGAUCGACACAUCCGGAGCAGCGACGAUGAAGGCACACCUGGACGUCCGGGCGACGUCAUUUUAGGAGGUGGUAUCGAACUCGUGUACAAGGUAUCAGAUACGCUCGACGUAGGUACUGUUGACGACUGCUUAACUACGGGUGUUGGUAUAACCUGGUUACCGCGUCGACCAACCUCUUACGUGUUCAACGUCUUUUCCAUCGAGUCUCAAGUGCUGCCGAAUCUCUACUUUCUGUAUACUGUCGCCAAGUCUGGCGAAAAUACGGCGAAGACACCGUCAGAUAGAAUCGUCAAGGAUGGAUCGGGUAUGCGAUAUGAGUGCGCGUCAUCGCCGUGCUCUAACUCAGAAAUGAAUCAACAUUGGGCAAGCUACAUACUGAGACGAAUCCAUACGUGGAAGCGAACGUUGCUUUGGUCCUCGCCCGAAGUUUACUGGAUGCCAAAGGGUGCGAGUUAUGAAAAGAACUACAAAGCAUACGAUCGCAUCAAUGAACCGUACAUCGAUUCACGUUCCCUCUUUGAACGGCGCAUGUCAUCCGCGUUGGCACAGCGUGAUUCCAAGCGUGAUCCAUCGAUUCUGAGGGUUGCAUUCGAGCUGAGUAAAAUGUGGUACGAGCAAUCCCUCCUCAGUGUGGGUGACAGAGGCAUGCUUCGUUCGAAACCUCACAUCCCUGCUUUAUUUCUCACUGCAGGACUGGAAAUUCCGAGACUAGCACCAUUUCUCGAAAAUUCACGAGCAGCGUCUUUUGCUUCGAUCGCGUACCCACGUUCGUCAAAGGGUGCGUGGUCAUUCGAUGAAGUGGUAAAUGACCAAACAAACAUCGGAAUGUACUCUUUUGGGAUGAACGAAGUCGCCGCUCGUGACCUCGAUGCGCAGGUCAAGAAGUGCGACGGUGUACUGUGCGAGACCAGUGGAGAAUUCGACGCCGCACCACAUGACGUGUUGUACGGAGGAUCACUGAACGCCAUGGGUGAGACCGGCGACCUUCGCGCCACGGACCCUUCGCGCUUAAUGGCGUCUCUUACUGGGACUCCUGGUCCAACCGGAAUGCUUCAAAAGGAUGCCGUCGCGAGCGGCGGAGAAGAGGAGACGAUAUACUUAACUUUUGGUGGUGGUGGACAUGCGUUGGAAUUCUCUUUCAGCGCAAAGGAGUCCAUCAACCGCGAUGCAUUCGCGUACUCGCUUGACUUUGAUGCAAGCGCCGAAAACACAAACAACAUGAAGUUCUCGGGCUCACCAAUACCCACCAUCGAGUUUAAUCGAGCGACAGACAUCGCCAGAACGCUGUCCACGGAUCGUAUCUUUGCGUGGAACAAGUACGGAACGAUGACGACGGUGUAUUCUCUCGCGGAUCCAGAUUAUGGCGAUAAAUUUGUUCUGAAAGUCGGAAGCGAUGCGCGAUUCGGCACACCGCUCUUCAUGACAAUGGGCGGUAGAUCCAUGUGUCCCGGCGAAUUGACGACGAUGUGGCGCGAAUCGGGAAAUAUCAUUGAAAGACCUCGUUCGUUAUCCUUUGGUACGCUCCCGCUGAACCCAGGAGAGCGCGCUGUUCACGAAAUAACUAUUCAGAAUGAAUCUCCAUACAGAGAAGCCCGACCGCUGUAUUUACGUAUCGUUGAUGGACACUCAGAGUCGUUACGAUCGCUGGUGCGCGCAGCGCUGAACAUCAUCAAGGAUGAUGAAUCAGCUUCGGCACAACAUGUAGCCACAGUUGUCACGAACACUGCUGCAAACUCAGUAGCUUCGGCAUCCCUGUCCAUGGCCACUGUCAUAGAGAAAGUUGAAGAGGCAGCUGGCAGCGGCGACGCGACUGCCCUGAGUGUUAUGCAAGUCGUCGUCGCCGAAGUCGAGAGCGUCAGUAAAUCGGCUAUGACGCCGUUACAGGAUGUAGAGAUUACCGUGAACGGCAAGAAGGUGGUACCUGUCGCUGAGUGGCUUCCUUUGAAGCAUGUCAUCGGCGAUGCUCUUGAAUCACAACGGACCGUUCACAAGACUGUGUUCAACUUGGGUUUCAAGCCAACGGAAACCUCGCAUCCUAUCAUUGAACACAUUCAAGUUGAAAUUGGAUCUCUGUGCGAAAUGCAAAUCUCAUAUGAUGGAGCUGGUCUGUAUCGCGAUCCAAUCGCCGUCAAGGCUCAACUUGAAAAGAUGCGAUGGGAAUCCAAGUGUCCGAGCGUGACGUUUUCCAAGUCCACCGUCAUUGACAGUGAAAUCACGCGCGCAAACGCGACUGCGCCGCCGCUUCGUUUGGUGGUGGUCAAUCCCGAUUCUGGAAACUUGUGGGAUCCUAGCAGCGCCAGUAGACUCGAAAAGGUUGUCGUACAGUACAGACCGCUUUCGGGUGGCGAAUGGAUUACUGCGAAGGAGGAUCAUGUGAAGUACAAAGACGACUCGUACAAGAAAAAUCUCAUCUGCGAACAUUCUCGAACGAGCGGAUGCACGUGGGACUGGGAUUUGAACAACAAAUACGACAAGUUACUCAGCGGAUACAAGGACGGUGCGUACGAGGUUCGCGUUAAAAACUUUUGCUCGGGCGGUGACGCUUUCGCCGCGACCGAGGUGCACGAGUACGUCGGCGAUAAGACGCUAUUACUCUUCACGGAUACGAAAAACCCGCUCGUCGAGCAGCACGUGUCGUCACCCGCGGCGCGCACCGUCACCAUCGUGUACGCGGAGGAAAUCGAUUGCGCAGAUCCACCGACCUUCGAAGUGGCGCAAACUCACGACGAAUCCUGCGUCGCCGUCGCGGGCGAUGGCACAGUCAGCGCGGCUAUCAUUCGUGAGUCUUACGAGCAAACGUGCCUCAACACCGGCGUUCAAGGAAAGUGGAUGAUGCAAUAUCCCAACAAUGAGGAUGCUCCGAAUCCUGGAUUGUACAGAGUCACCGUCAGAGACAUACGUGACAAAGCCGGUAACCCUUUCGUCGGCGAUUUGACGAUAAACUACGUCGUGGGUGACGUCGUCGAUGACUGUGACAUUUUGAAAGCAUCCAAAGAUGACCUCACCCCGCUCAUCGGUUUGGGAAAUUUCGCCGAUGUUCAAGGCAAUACCAUCUGGGGGGUGUACUCUAAAAAUAUCGACUGUCGCUCGCAGCGAGUCACCAUCACGAAGAGUUUUGAUCAAUCGUGCCGAUCCACGAGCACAGAAAUUGGCACAACCAACUUCACGCUUGCGUGCGUGAACGUCGGCGGAACGGGACAAUGGAUCAUGAAAUAUCCUGAAGAUCUGGAAUCUGGAGUUUACACCGUGCGAGUUCAAGGCGUGAAAGAUCGCACUGGUCACGAAGCGUCUUCUUUCAUUCGCAAGUUUACAACGCUUCAUAACUCGGAUGGAACGUUGAACGAAUGCGACGACGCGUCCGCCUCUUUUGCCAUCGGACUUGGGCGGAUGCGUCGUCGACGUCUCGCUCCGAGCGCGUCCGCGACAAAGACGUCCACAAACUUGAUUCUGUCCGAUCUCGCCAUCGUCGUGUUCGCUAUCUGCGCGCUCGUGAUGAUCAUCAAGAAAAGAAUCGCGCUGCCCGCGGAUGAGAGUGAGCUGCGCGAACGCGAAGCCUUCGACAAGGUGGACAUUCCGCGCUAUGGUUCAUCUUUGUGAUUCCACCGCGCGAAUUGACCGUCGGCGACAAAGUCGAGAAACCGACGAACCUACGUCGCCGUC